AUGGACUACCAAAAUCGCGCGGGCUCCAAGUUCGGGGGUGGCGGCGUAGCCUCGCACUCGGCGACAAACGCUGACCGUCGCGAGCGGCUGCGAAAACUCGCCCUCGAGACCAUCGACCUCGACAAGGACCCUUACUUCUUCAAGAACCACGUCGGCUCCUUCGAGUGCAGACUGUGUCUUACAGUCCACCAGAACGAUGGCUCUUACCUCGCACACACGCAGGGGCGGAAACACCAGACGAACCUCGCCAGACGGGCGGCGAGGGAACAGAAGGAGAUGCAAAAGGAUGGAAAUUUGAUGGGCGCGGGGAUGAUGGGCGUGCAAGUACGCAAGAACAUGGUCAAGAUUGGGCGUCCGGGGUAUAAAAUCACAAAGAUCAGAGAUCCCCUCACGAGACAGGUCGGACUGCUCUUUCAGCUCCUGUACCCGGAGAUCGCGCCCAACAUGGAGCCGCGUGUCCGGUUCAUGAGUGCGUUUGAACAAAAAGUCGAAGAGCCGGACAGGGAUUACCAGUACUUGUUGGUCGCUGCCGAGCCGUACGAGACGUGCGGGUUUAAAUUACAGAGCAGGGAGGUGGACAGGAGGGAAGGGAGGUAUUGGACUUGGUGGGAUGCGGACGCGAAGGAGUUUUGGUGUCAGGUUCUCUUCAAGACGGAAAGAGAUGAGAGAUACUCGAACGUACCGGGCCUGGCACCGACGGCGGGAAAGAAGUGA